UGGUGUCGUCGACAUUGCAAUGAAAAUAGUGUUACAUUCAUAAGUGAAUUCCCUUUGUGUUUACAAUAAUUAUUUAUCCCUUACUUCUUUCUGAAAGAGACUGUAAAUAUAUAAAGAUGAACUUCAAGGUGUAUACGCCUUGGAUGAACGUAAUGGGAAACAUGCACGCCCGGCAGUCUGGUUUUAAAGCUGAUAAUAAUUAUGAUGUGGCUAUUAGGAUGCUGGGAUCUUUAAACAAGGAUGAAUAUAGAACAAUAACAGCUUCACAGGAAAUUGGUUCUGAGCCUCCUGUUUUUGCCUGUCGUUUUUGUAAAGUUUAUGGCUAUGAGAAUCUAUUAGCUCUUGCAAACGAAGAAGGGGCUAUUGUUAUUCAGGAUACAUCAUUAUCUAAUCCUUGUAAAUUAGAUAACAUGGUUACAAAGACCCAAGGCCAUUUGAACGCCAUCUUUGACCUGGCAUGGUCACCGCACAGUCUCCGCCUUGUGUCAGUGUCUGGCGACCACACGGCCAUCAUGUGGGACGUCUCUAGAAACAAUCUUGAUCCUCUCAGUGUUUUUGAGGGCCACAGUCGCAGUGUUAAGGUCGCCUCAUUCCAUCCAACCGAUAUAAAUGUGUUUGCCACUGGUGCGAGGGAUGGAAUGGUCAUUAUGUGGGAUUAUCGGUGUUCCCAGCAGAACACGCUGACAAUCAGGCCUGACAACGUCAUCUCCAAUGCUCAUUGUCCACCUGGAUCUUCAGGCAAGAAAACCAGAAGGCGUGAACCAUCAAGAGCCGAUAGUAUUACGGGGUUGGUGUUCCAGGAUGAAAACCAUCUGAUAUCGUGUUCAGCUGGAGACGGUGUGAUCAAGGUGUGGGACACUCGCAAGUGCUACUCCGUGUACAAGAGAGUGCCGCAGCCCUGUGCUAGUCUGUCACAUCCCGGAGACUCGGGCAAGACUGCCUUCACCAGCCUAAGUGUGGAUCCUGGUGGUGUCAGGCUCUACGCUAACUGCAUGGACAACAACAUCUACUGCUACAAUAUCGCUGGCUACAAUAACCUACCAAUCGCUCAAUACUAUGGCCACACUAACCAGACUUUCUACACCAAGAGCUGCCUGAGCGGGGAUGGUCAGUACUUGUUGUCUGGCUCAGCAGACUCGAAGGCGUACAUAUGGAAUGUGCAGCAUUCGAGCCAACCUCUGGCAACCCUCGUAGGACACUAUGCAGAGGUCACAUGCGUUGAUUGGGCAGACAAUAAAACCGGAGACAUCAGGAUAGUGACUUGUGCAGACGACUCUUGCCAUAAAGUGUGGCAGGUGUACCCACCCAACGACAAACUCGACCUGAGCGAAUUCAGUGGUCGGGUGCAGUACCAAAAAGAUUUCAACUUAGAAAAAAUGCAACUGAAAGGCGAGGUCAAGCAAAUUUACAGAACUUCACGACUUUCGCGACCGUCAUGGCGUAGACGCCCACAUUUUACCAAGAGGCUCAGAGGGACUGCUGAACAAUGGACGAAAGAGGUAUAUCGUUGGAAUUAUGAUCCGGAUGAAUGUCGCAGGUAUCCUGAAGGUCUGACUGGACCCCUUUCAUCAAUAGAAGAAGAACUUGCAGUAAUUCGCGCUCAUCCUAGGACUAAGAAGAAAUCUGAAUUGACUUGCUGGCUUGAAAAUAUGGACGAUUCUUUUAUCAAUCCUACGAAGAAAUUGAAACUUACACCUAUUACCCCAGUAGGGGAAGGUAAUGAGAAACCCGGUGCUGCUCAACCUAGGACCGAGGGAAAAGCUCGCCGGCUUUUUGAUUUGGACGAUUCAUCCCACUGCAGUGGAGUUGAAAUUCUCUCGCCUACCUCAAACCUGCCUAACUACGUCAUCGAUGGCACUUCUCCGUACCAUCGGUGUUGCUCAUCGGCAGGCAAACAGAAGGAGAACUGGCUGUCUAAACUGCAGGCGACACCUUCUCCCAAACUGGCUGAGAAAGUGACUACCAAGAGGAGAUCACAAAGUUCACCUAAAGUUUGCCGAGGAAACUUAUUAAAGUUCUUUAAAGUGGCCGCUAAACAAUCUCCAGGCUCUAAUAACCGUGAUACUCAAAAGGAGUCGAGUAACACACAGGAGUCCCCAAGUAUUAUGUAAUUGUUUAAAGCUCGGUCAAAAAUGACAAAGGCUGUGAUAUUGAGUCGUAAAAUAAUUUUGUUUGUUGCAUUUAACGUUCUGGAAACAGAAUGUAAGUAUUUGUAAUAUAGUACUGUACUAUAAUUUUUUUUUAGUUUCUAUGCCAAGCACUGCUUUGUUUGUAAUUACUUAAAAACCUUGGCUGGCUUUUAAAAAGAAUGGUAGUGUACGGUAUUUGGCUUGUCACAUUAGUACCAUCUACUAUUUGCUUCUCAGUUACUCGUACAGUCAAAGUUAAAGCAUUGACUAAGGUUAAAGUCUAGUGAUUUUUUUUAAGUAUUGAUUUUAUCUGCCAAAGUGAAUUGAUUUCAUAAUGUUUCUCACAGUUUGUUUAAAAUAGCUAUCCAUAUUAUGUAUUGAAAUUAAAGCUAAAGCUAAAUGACCCAAAAGUUAAGUUUUUGUAUGAAAAAUAGAUAUUUAGUGAUGUAUUAGUCAAUAUUUCUUUCCCGUUUUAAAAAUACCCUAGAAUAGUUUAUUUAUUAGGCCUACAUCAGUAUUUUCCAUGCCUGGAAUGUACAUUUAUUCAAUAGAUAUAAGCGCAAGGUGACGUUUUAGUCAGAUUAAAUAAGACCAAAAAUGCAAAUGUUGGGAAUUUUAACUUCAAAAACCUAAUUUUUUGGGACUUGAAGGUUAACCAUAUUGAGCAAGGAAUGUAUGGGUUUUGUGUACCACGACUAAAAUGUUUAAAUAUGUUUUACUGCUAGAACCAUUUGACUGACUGGCCACUGUACUGUUUAUUAAUUUAUUGGUGGCCCCAUUGAAUAUGCAUCUAAUAGCUCGGAUCUCUAAACACAAUAAGAGCUAAAAUAAUUAGGCCUAGUAAACUUUUUUUUAGUUUGUUCUCGAUUUACGUAACUUUCAAAAACUGAUUUUUGAGUUAUCAGCAUAAAUUACUUGAAUUAAAAAAAAAAUUACGGUAUGUAAUUUUUGUUAGUUGAGUAAAGUUCUAAAGAUGACUCUCUUGGUAUGUUGAGUAUCUUCACUUUAAACACUGAUUUAUUUAUGACUUCACACUCCUAAUCUAGCUUGUGUUUAGUUUUGUAAGUUGUUAAAAGAUGUCUUAUUUGUUAGUUUUAGAUGCAUUUUAUGAACAAAAAGAACUUUUAGUUUUUUAAGAAUAUGUUGCAUUAUGUGUGUUGUUAAUGGUUUGUACAAUUAAAGACUGAUUACACAAUUC